AAAAGUGCAUUUUUUGUUUAAAAUCACAAAAGCAAAAUUUUAGAAAUUAAUUUGCUACGCCAAAUUCGGCAGCUCCAAAUUUAAUUACUUGCAGUUUUUUAAUGGAUUAAUGGCAACAACAGUUAAAACUUUGAAAUGGAUCUAGUGGAUAUAGAUCAAGUUUUAGACAACUUGGAGCUACGAGAAGCCGCCAAUGAACAUAAUAGAGUUGUCACAACAGGAAUCGCGCAAGUAGCACAAAAUUCGGUCGAACAAUCAAAUCAUGCUUCUAAAAGCGGAACCGGAAACCCUAUAGGCAAUGUGAGUUCUCCUGCACACAAAAGUGGUUUUGUCGCUGUUUCGCAGGUAUUCAACAGUUUGGAUGAUUAUCAAAAAAAUGUGGAGUCGCUGGAAUCUGCACCAGUACAGCGUUACGAUGAAGAGUGCCGUCUAAUAAAGGAUAUUACGAACUCAAAACACAAGUUAGAGUCAAUUCCAAAUAAAAAAGAAGCUGACCUAGAUUUUAUUGAAGAUAUUAAAACUAAGGAGCAAGAUCAUAAUGCUCCGGCAAACGACAUGGUUGUGAACACAUUUGAUGGCAGCAGUGACGGUAGCCCUCGCAUAUCACACACACAUAAUGCAGGAUACCAUGACGAUGCUGAGGAUGAGGAAGAUGCCAGUGACGAUAUACACAAAUUCACAGAAAAUGUCAAACACGCGCGGCGCAUUGGUUAUGAGGAGAAUGAAGCAACUGAUAACAGUCCGCUUUCUUCUGAUUCCUUGACAACAUCAUCGUCAUCAACAUUCUCGUCUGGCCCGUCACCAGGUAUUGUUUCCACAACUGAUGAACACUCAGCGCCACUAACACCAGACGGCGCUUGUGCAAGCGAUGAUCGAGAUGAACUAUUACCAGUAAAUCCGACUGUUACAGAACCAGAUGAAGAUGAUGACAAUGAUGAUGAAGAGCCUGACCACAUGACUGAUGGAGAGGCCGAAGAAGAUGGGGAAGAACAGGGCACAGACAGUGUACCGCAACCUGAUAGCACUGCCGGAAUGGAAGAUAUAGCUGUUGGUCUGUCGUCUAUAUCAUUAGCAACGGGAAAUUCGCAACUUAAUUUACCGACGGCUUCCUCAGUUUUGCAAAAUGUACUAAAAGACCUAUCAGAGAGCACAGAAAACUCGUUAUUAAGUCAGCAAUACGAAGCAGCAAAGAAUAAGGGUGAACCAGAACAAAGGCCACCGCUUAACGCUGAACUGAGUGCAAUGGAACAUAUAGGCGAAACAGUUGCAGAUAAACCUAAUAGCAAAAACAUCGAAACCAACGCUCCUCCAUCCAAACUGGAGGUUAUAAAAGGUUUUCAACAACCAAUAACCUUCGGUUCUACCAUGGAUGAAAUCUCCGAUACGGAACUGGACAGCAUGCUGCAAGAGAUGGAUAUCGAUGAUGUCAGCGACGUCGAUGCCCUGCCUAAAUUGAAUGUCAUCUCUACUUAUAAUUCACCACCAACCGCUCAGCCAAUAUCAACAGUAACCAAACCCACUGAAGCCGUAACAACAGUUGUUGAAGCAAUGCCAACAAGAAAUAUUGAGGAAAAGUGUCAAGAAUCGGAAGCCGACACCGAUGGUAAGGAUAGAGUAGCUGAUAUUAAUGUAAAAGAAAUGACUGAAGUUGGUGCCAUCAGCGAUUGUCCUAAUGCAGACAGUUUUUCGCAAGCAUCAACUGUUGAAUUCUCUGAAUUGCGAGCACAUUCCAUAAUACCCGAACAAACCGAUACCAAUAUGUUGCCUUCAUCUAACUCAGUUGCGUCAUCGUAUACUGGCUCAGAAUGCUCAUUAGAAGGAGGUGUAAUCGGUGGUGAUAGAAUAAGUGAUGAGAAUGUCCCAACUGGUACAGUUGAUUAUAUACGCAAAACUUCUGCUGAAAAUACAGACGAUGAAAGCGGUAGUACAGAUGAAAGCGCUUACAGCGAAGGGGCUGAGCAAAGACCACAACGACCAACAUCACUUAAUUUACCGUUAAUACAACCAAACCUUUAUGAAAAUGCAGGUCAGACUCCACCGGGAGUGCUUCAGUUGCAAAAUAAUGCAACCAAUGCGACAAAUAGUAAUGAAGCUGGUAACGCGCCCACAACUUCCACAGAUGAUAUGAUCAACAGUAGUGGUGAGGUGGCUGAGGCUACAGGUUACAGUGAUCCCUACGCGAAUCUUGGUAAAGUGCCACCAAUUUGGGUGCCAGAUAAUAUGGCAGCUGGUUGCAUGCAAUGUCAUGCUAAAUUCACUAUGAUAAAGAGAAGGCACCAUUGUCGUGCUUGUGGCAAAGUGCUAUGCUCAGUUUGUUGUUCGCAAAAAUUUAAACUGGAGUUUCUCAGCAACACAGCCGAAUCACGCGUUUGUCUACAGUGUUUCCUUAUACUAACUCAGAGACAACAAGGCGGUGGCACUGUUGGCAGUGAAGCGAGCGCCAGUUGUGAUGACGAUGUCGUGGGAGCAGCUGGAGCACCAAACGCGACGUCUAAUUCAACAAAUGGUCAAGUACGUUCACCCAAUCCUAACAACCCCAUGGAAUACUGCUCUACCAUACCGCCAUACAGGCAGGUGAGUUCACAGAACGUACCACCACCAUCGGUCAUUGUGCCGGUGGGAGUGCUGAAAAAGGAAGGCAGUAGCUAUUCCUCAAAUUCAUCGAAUGGAGCUGGCGAUGAUAACAAAAAGGCACGCAAGCGUAAGAGUGUUAUGUUUAGUGAUGGCAUAGCACCCGGUAGUGAUUUGGCUAGCAUGGAGCAUCAGUGGACAGAUGCGAAGCAUGCGCGUCGUGGCGCGCAACAACAGGGCGAUAAAUCGAGAAACAGCAGCGGUGCUGUAAACAAACCACCCACACCGGUACGAAGUCAGCCAAGUAGUAAUAGUGAAGCUACAGCAAUGGGUUUAGUUGCAUCAUUGUUUCGUGGUUCCAUACCGCCAAUGGCUGCAGCGGCUACAAUGGCGGCAGUACAAGAUGGUGAGAACGAACCAAUUAGAACUUCACCUAACAAAUCGAAGAACACCACGACUACUGCCAAAGCAACAGAAGCGGCUGUGGUAGCACGCACCAAACGUUUGCCACCAUCAGGCUGCGAUGAGAAUGGCUGCUUUAUACCAAAAGGUGACAGCAACUCUUUGCCACCAAUUUAUCUGCGCAAAGAUGAAAGCAACUGUGAUUUUGAUUACAAAGAGGUCGGUAAUAAUCAAGAGCUUGUGAAGCGUCUACAAAGCGAGACACUGCGUUUUGCGCUGGAAAAGAAUUUCUUUGUCGAUGUCAAAAUAUUGAAUUUAAAAUGUUGUAUGAAUCGCACUGUUAUAAACUUUACCACUUGUGGUAUGCAUCAUGUUGGUAAUGAUGAGUUGGUUAUUCUAUUGGAACUGGAUGCACAAUCGACUAGUUCAGUGGAUAGCAAAGAAGCAACGACGGCACCAAUACCGAAAGACAUUUUCAUACAUCUUUAUGAAAUUUAUCGUGAUGCCGAGUUGGGCAACCCAAUUGCCGAACUCUCAUACACAAGUCCACGAUCAAGUAAUUUCUUGGGCACACGUGACUAUGGUGGUUUCAUUUUCAUACGCGCCACUUUUCAAUGUUUACAAGAUGUGUUAGUGCCGGAGCAGCCCUUCCUCAUAGGUAUACUCAUACAUCGGUAUGAAGUGCCAUGGGCGAAGGUAUUUCCUCUACGUCUAAUGUUGCGAUUGGGUGCACAGUAUCGUUACUAUCCCUGUCCGCAUAUCUCCAUACGUAAUCGAGAAUCGGUUUAUGCCGAAAUAGCUCAGACAAUAAUUAAUUUCUUAGCGGAUUUCCGCAAUUAUUCAUAUACAUUACCUUGCAUUAAGGGCAUGUACAUACAUAUGGAGGAUAGGCAAACGACAGUAAUUAUACCACGCAAUCGCCAAGAUGACGUUAUUAAAGCAAUUAAGAAUGCUAGCGAUCACAUAUUGGCUUUUGGUGGAAAUUUUUCAAAAACUGCGGACGGGCAUUUGGUGUGUAUGCAAAAUGUAAAUGAUAUGGGUACGGAAAUGUAUGCGUAUUCUACACAAGCUAUCAAUAUACAAGGACAGCCGCGUAAAGUUACUGGAGCUAGUUUCUUUGUCCUAAAUGAGUCUCUAAAAACUACCAGUGGUCUGUCUGGCAAGUGUAGCAUUGUCGAAGAUGGCUUGAUGGUGCAAAUUUUGCCGAGCAAAAUGGAAGAAAUACGAAAUUCUUUACAAAAUCAAAAAGAUGUCGAAAUAGUUUGCGGUCCUGUGGAUGCCGAUGAUCAGCAAACCGAGGUUGUGAGCAUUAAAUGGGUGGAGAACGAUAGUGAUUUUAAUGUUGGCGUUAAAUCACCAAUCGAUGAAAAAUCCAUGGAAGGCAUAUCUAGCAUGCGUGUGCACGAUAGUUAUAACUAUUCGAAUGCUAACUACGCUAUAAGACUAACAGAUAUUUAUAUAAUUAAAUAUGACGAAUGGUAUGCUGCUUCACAGUCCGCCCUGGCGUCCACUUCUAUGGAAAUCACACGUAUGGCUGGACAAAUUGCGCGAAGCGCAUGUGGCGCUCUUGUGCCCUUUCUGGAUCUGCUUGUAGCAAGUGGUAGCCGGAAAUUGGCUUUACGUGCAACACUUCAUCAGGAGAAUGUUUGCUAUGAGGCCGGAACACGUGGAAAUAAGCUUCCUCCGCUUUAUAUGAACGCUUUGGAUGACCAUUUAAUACCAACACUGCACAGCGAGUCGUCGGGUAUUGAGGAUGCAAUAAUUUUAGAAUUAGUUUUUUACAUUUUAAAUGUUUAGUCUAUUCUAAAAAACUAUUUUAAGUGGUUUUUCAAUGAAAUGAGUCAGUAUUGCGAAUGGUUGGACACAGUGGAACAACUAUGACUUCCAUCUGUUAUGUUAGAAAAGCUUGGUGGAAGUAUAAUAAAUAGUUAGUUGGAUUUGUAGAACAAAAUAACAUUAUUAUGAUGCUGUCAAGCUGGCUUAGCUAUAAAUAAAAGGAAUGUUUGGCUAAACAAUUGGUAACUAAUAUAUAAAUAUUGGCAAUAUUACGAAUAGAGAAAAUAUCAACUAUCAAAUAGCACCCAAAUUGAUUUUGGAGUGGAUUUUAGUAUAUGUUUUGUUCUCUUUUACAUGUAAGAUUGCUUUAAAAGCUUUCAUUUAUGGGGUAAUGAAAGUCAUGUUAUGCGUAGUUGAAGUGGUUAUAAUUAUGUUGUAUGCAACUAGUAAACCGAUAUACAUAUAGCUAACAAAAUGUAUUUUUUUUUUUUAAUUUUACUUUGAUUUCGACAUUUCUCUUCAACAAUAAAGUACCUACUUAUUAGCAAUUACAUAUACAUAUAUACAAAUUAUGAUGUAAUAAAAUAGUGUAAAGGUC